UGGCUCACUUCCGGCUGCAAAUCGGUCGUUCGUUGUCUGGGCGCGCGUGAUCCGAGAGGAGUUUGUCUGGCCGCACUCCGCACAGCCGCGAGAGACGUUCGGGCACGGUGGAGCGGAGGCGUGAGUGCGAGUUCAGUGUCCUGCCCGAUUUGGCCGCCGAGCAUUCGGCCAGCGCGUUUUCGACCGGCCUGCGCGUCGAUCGGCCAGCCAGCUCGAAAGCCAGCCACGCCCCUCAACCCACUCCGACCUGCCUGCCAGUCUGUCGUCGGCCCAGUCGGCCGUCCCUUCGGCCCACCAUGCCCGUGUGACGCGGCCCGCUACUUAACCGGACAGGAGUCUCUCGAGUUGCAGCCGCCGCUAGUGCGUGGUCCCCGUCGGCAGUCCAUCAGAUCGCGCGCAGUUAGCCACCGAGGAACUCUACGAUGGCUUACCUUUUGUCCCAGGGUCUCGACGCCUUCAUCGACAUUUUCGACAGACAUGGAGAUCCGCGCGUUAAGGGCUGGUUCCUGAUGAGUUCUCCGCUGCCGACUCUGUCCAUCUGUUUGUCUUACGUCUACAUCGUCAAGGUGCUCGGUCCGAAGCUGAUGGAAAACCGCAAACCCUUCGAAUUGCGUCGCGUGCUUAUCGCCUACAACGCCUUCCAGGUGGUAUUCAGCACGUGGCUCUUCUACGAGCUGGGUAUGUCGGGAUGGUUAACAGGAGACUAUAAUUACCGAUGCCAACCGGUGGACUAUACCAAUAGCUCUCUCGGAAUCAGGAUGACACACGCUUGCUGGUGGUACUACUUCUCCAAAUUCACAGAGUUCUUCGACACAUUCUUCUUCGUGCUGCGCAAGAAGAACCAGCACAUCUCGACGCUGCACGUGAUCCACCACGGCUGCAUGCCCAUGUCCGUGUGGUUCGGAGUCAAGUUCACGCCCGGUGGCCACAGCACCUUCUUCGGGUUGCUCAAUACGUUCGUGCACAUCAUCAUGUACCUGUACUACAUGCUGGCAGCCAUGGGCCCCAGGUACCAGAAGUACAUCUGGUGGAAGAAGCACCUGACCACCCUGCAGAUGAUCCAGUUCAUCGGCAUCAUGACGCACGCCUUCCAACUACUCUUUGUCGAGUGCAACUACCCCAGGGCUUUCGUCUGGUGGAUCGGCAUGCACGCCGUCAUGUUCUUCUUCCUCUUCUCCGAGUUCUACAAGCAGACCUACAACCACAGCAAGAGGAGGGACGGGGAAGGAGCGCUCACGGGAUUUGCAAAAUUCAUCCCUUGCAACCUUCAGAUGGACAAACUGCAUCAGCCGAACGGUCACGCGCCCGCGGCGAACGGCCACCCAGCAGCCGCGAAGGCGGUCAACGGGCACGCCAGCUCGUAUUACGGCGACUUGCCGCCCGAGCUGAGGCAGCGGACGUCAGAGGCGGCGGCCGUGGUUGCCGGCGGCAACUGAGGUGGCCAGCGGCGGCCAGUUUGUGCUCGGACGAAGCUCUCACUCAGGACUCUUUGUGUGCGCGCGCGUGCUGGCCGCUCCCCUCGGCGGCGGCCGGCGGCCUCCCAGCUUGUGAUAAGGACGGACGACGCCCGAGGGGAGACGGCCAACGACUGGUGCUGCUCUGCCUCCGUCUCUGACUCUUACAAUUAGUGCUGCUGCUGCUGCUGCUUGCUGUGUGUUUGUUAUAAUCGAUUACACAAUAUACUUCAAGAAAAAAAAUCACCGCGCUCUCCCUCCUUCCGCCCUCCACUCGAAGCAACCCUCAGUCUCCCGGCGCCGGCGGCCCGGCCGCGAUCGUUCAAAACGGCAACGGCCGACCGCUCGCCCUCGAUUCGCAGUCGUUUCUUCUUCAUUCUACAAUGAAGGACGCUUAAAAAAUUUCCACCGAGUCGCGCAGCUGCGAAGAGUGGCUAACGACCGCCAUCUUGCACACCGGUCUUUCCCACCCUUCGCGUCGCUGCAGCUCGGCUCCGUCGAAAGGUGCAGGGCCGGGCCCCUGACUUGACCACCAACACCACCCUGAGUGAGCAAGGUUGCUGCUUUAUUUUUGUACGCUCACCCUCCCUUUCCCCCGACACGUCCCUGUUCGACGGCCAAUCGGCGACUGUUCUCGUUAAGCGACCAACAAAUUCAAGUGGAUGCAUUUAAACUCCGCAAACAUCAAGCAGAUUAUUUUACGCAAGUCUACGUAAAAAUGAACCAUCUGUCUCUCUCGCUCGCUCGUUCGUUCACUCGUUUCUCAAACUCAUUUUUCCGCUUGUCGGUGAACGGGAAAAUCUACCAAGGUUUUUUUUCCAAUUUUUAUUUUCUCUGAGGACGGUGUUGAUGAUAAACCGCCGGUGACGAUUGUUAGAAAUAAUUGUUUUUCACUCGCGCGACGACCGUAGACAAUAUAGAUUGAAUUUCAAAUCGAUUUGCUCCUUUAAUUGCUUCGUCUGUCUGUCUGUCUGGGCGGAUGACUGUGCGUGUGAACGUGAAUUUGCGAAGCUGUAGAUGAGUGAGUGAGAGGGAUGCGUGUGUCACUACAAACACUUAUUAAGUUAGCUGGGAAGACGUGGUUUUUGACAUAGGCGAGCGCGCAGAAAGCAAAUAAGUUGUUCGGUUGAUUGUUGGUUUGUUCUCGCGAUUGUUUGUGUUGUUAGCGCGCAGUCGGGCGACAUUCCAUAAGAAAAGCCUAAAUUAACUGUAUUAAUUUUAAUUAAUUGUUUUAGUUGUUUUCUUCUCUCCGUCUCUUGUAUUUAUAUAAAGCAGAAAAACAGAAGGAACACCGUAAACGACACUGAUAUCAGUUGUACUCGCGAUAAAACAGAAAUAAAAGAUGAUUUGUUGUUCAUAAAA